AUGUUUCCAUGUAAUUCUUUAUCCAACUCACCAAGUCUGAGCUUCAGGCCGCUACGGAGUGAAAUUCAUGUUACUGCUAUGGUUGACGAAACUAGCAAAGUUAAAGAGAGUCAAAAUGAGGGUAUUCUGUUAGAUACUUUACAAGAGCAGAUCAUGACCUCCCAUGAGGUAACCCAGCCUGGUAGUUCUGUGGCGCAUUCUCCUUGCUUAGGUCAAACAUCACCUGGUUCGUAUGUUGAUUCUUAUAACCACACCAUGUCAAAGUAUCCUGGUGGUGAUAUAGUUGAGAAGCCAAAUGGUGAUCCAAUAGAGAAGCUGACUGAUGUUGGCUCCCAAGAAAAAUACUCAGGCAGUGCUAAGAUUGAUAUGUUUGAUGCUGAAACAUUGUCAUCUGAUGGAAAAGAUUCCCAAAGUAAGACAUCUCUGAGUUCUAGGUCUGAUAUAGAAAGGAGGAAGAAGAAAUCCGAUUACUCUGCUCAGAAAAGUUAUCCCCGUUCCCUGCCUUUUGUGCCUACCACUGUGAAAAAUGCUAACCCGCCAACUCAUAUCACAAAGCGUCACACUUGGCAUCGAAAGUCCGAUACUUCUGCCUCUCCUUUUGUAGCUGCAAAGCCUUUGUCUACGCAACAGAAGUUUCCACUAAUGACUGCCGAAUCUGGUAGAAGUUACGUACGUAAAGGGAAUAGUCUUCUUCGAAAACCCUCGUAUGAUUCUUCUGGUGUUUCCCUUGGACUGCCUCCAUCUGCUAUUCAGUUAAACCGCGUCGAAGACAAAAGCACGGGAUCUGCCAGUAGGGUUGAUAUAGGUAACGCUUCCUUUCUUGUUAAAACAGGAGAAAUACCCACUCUUGAGAGGCAAUCAAAGCCUCCCUCAGACAGCAGCACGUCCAAAGUAUCAAAUGCCAUUGCUACUUCUUUAGGAAAAUGUGCGUUAACUAACAGCAUGGAUCCCCUCACCACUGGUUUACCUGAGUCUAUCAUGGAUUCUUCUACAUCUGGAGAAGCUAAUGUUCAACACUCUAGUGGGGAUACAUUCAAAACAUCUGAGGCACUAAUUCAGACAGGCUGUGCUUCAGAUUGCCAGCAGAAGAAAAAUCCUCCUAAAUUGGAUUCAUCAAAUUUGCAGAGAAUGAUAUAUGUCAAAAGGAAGGCAAAUCAGUUGGUUGCAGCUUCGGAUAUUCAUGGUGCAAGUAAAAACCAGAUUCACCCCUCUGAUGGCUACUUCAAGCGAAGUAAGAAUCAGCUAGUAAGGACUUCAGAGAGCCGUGCCAAUCACUCACCUGAUGAAGCAUUACAGUCACGACCAGCUGCAACCAUGGUUCCGAAAAGAUCAUCUAGCUCAGCAUUCUCCGACUCUGCUGUCACGAGACCAUAUAAGCAGUCAAAAUUUUCUCUGGUUUGGACGCAAAAUGAUCCAAAGUCAAGAAUGCCUAUAAGUCACAUGCGCUAUCAGAGGAUCUUGCCGCAACUUGUUCCUUGGAAAAGAGUGACAUACUGGAGAAGAUUAAUGAAUUCAGUGUCUGCUAUGCGAAAUGGUUCUUUUUCCAACAUCAGUCAAAAGUUGUCGAUGACGAGGAAGAGACAUACAGUUUACACAAGAUCAACUAAUGGGUAUUCACUUAGAAAAUCCAAGGUAUUAAGUGUUGGUGGGUCGCAUUUAAAAUGGUCAAAGUCCAUUGAGAGAGACUCGAGAAAAGCUAAUGAGGAAGCCACCUUGGCUGUGGCUGCAAUUUCAAAGAAAGAAAGUGAAAAGCAUUCUGGACAAAGUAAUACCAGGACGACAAGCAGAAACCAUUUGGCUCGGGAGCGUGUUUUCAGGUUUGGUUCUCUUCGCUAUAAAAUGGACUCUUCAAGGCGAACUCUUCAGAGAAUAUCUGAUGUUGAUUCACCGUGCUCUGGACUUUCUGAAAAUGGGAAAGGUGCAAAAAUACCGUUUAUCCCAAAUAGAUUGGUGAUCGGCAAUGAAGAGUAUGUUCGUGUGGGAAAUGGUAACCAGCUUGUCAGGGAUCCAAAGAAACGAACUCGUGCGUUGGCAAAUGAGAAGGUCAGAUGGAGCCUGCACAAUGCUCGGUUGCGGUCGGCUAAAAAGAAGAAGUACUGCCAGUUCUUCACAAGAUUCGGGAAAUGCAACAAAGAUGACGGAAAAUGUCGCUACGUUCAUGACCCCUCGAAAAUUGCAGUUUGCACCAAAUUUUUGAAUGGAAUGUGUGCCAAUGCAAAUUGCAAAUUGACUCACAAGGUCAUUCCAGAAAGGAUGCCUGAUUGUUCUUAUUUUCUGCAAGGCCUCUGCAACAACGAGGCAUGCCCAUAUAGGCAUGUGCAUGUCAACCCAAGCGCCGCUAUAUGCGAUGGGUUUUUGAAGGGGUACUGUUCAGACGGAGAUGAGUGUCGGAAGAAGCAUUCCUACAUCUGCCCGGAUUUCGAAGCCACUGGAUCAUGCUCUCAAGGAUCGAAAUGCAAGCUCCACCACCCGAAGCACCAAAGCAAAGGAACGAAAAGGAAGAGACCAAGCGAGCCUUCUCAGAAAAAUGCCCGUGGUCGUUACUUUGGUUCGCUUCAGAAAGGUCUUUCGGAGGCUGAGCCAAUGGUACUACUCGAUGGACGUUCUACUGACAGUGAAGCUUUUGGUAUGGAAGGCCUCGACUUUAUCAUCCUCGGCGCCGCUACUGAGUACGAAUCCGGUGAUAACAAUGAUACAGCUACCGAGCAAUCUGUCUCCAGUGAUAAUGAAGAACCGGUUUCCAUAUAUAAUCUAAUCAGACCAGUCGCCUUGAUGCAGUGA